CCAUGUCGCGCUACUCAAGAGACGACCCACGUUCGAUUUUCUUCAGCGGAAGCCCCAGCACCGGCACGUCUCCGCUCAGAGGCUACGCCGGUUCGGAGCUGUUCCGGCGAAACCCGGCCGCCCCGAGUGCCCAACCCCCGGCCGACACUCCCAAGGAGGCUCCGGCGGCGACGGAAGCGGAGGAAGCGAAACCGGCGCCCCACUCACCGGUGGUGCGCAUCAUCCCCAUCCUCUACCCGGCGCAACCGGCCCGCCUCAUCGGCAACCCCACCAGCUACGGUCGCCCGCCCGCACCCCCAAACGAGCCGGAAGAUGCGGCGCGCCCUCUGAGGACCUCCCUCCUGGACCAGCAGCCCUCGACCAGCGCCGCCGCCGCCGCACCGCCCACCACCCCCAACCCAGGCAUCCUCAAGUCACCGUACAGCAACCCGACCCCCUCCACCAGCACCCCCUCGCGCGUUUCCUUCUCGAACGCGCGCACCAACCCACCGCCGAACACGGCCCGAACGAACGGCAACGGGUCCGCCACCCAGCGCCCGACCACCGGCGGCGACAUGGCCGGCACUAGCAGCGCCAUCCCGUCCGCUUCCGCCCGCGACCCCCCACCCGCCACCAACGGAGUGCACGGCCGGGUUCUCAAUCCCAAGCUGAACGCCAGCUCCGAGCUGCAGCCCAACUCACCUCCACCGGAUAGCUACGGUGGUGGUGGUGGUGGUGGUGGCGGGGGUGGCAGUAGUGGUGGCGCAGCGAGACGAGACGGUCGGAUGCAGCUGGCCCUCUACGGCUGGCGCAAGAAGUGCCUGUACGCGCUCAUGUUCGCCCUCAUGGUGAUGAUCAUCGUCAAUCUGGCGCUCACGCUGUGGAUCAUGAAAGUGAUGGAGUUCUCUUCGAAUGGUAUGGGCCAGCUGAAGAUAGUCCCGGGUGGACUCCAGCUGUCGGGUCAAGCGUUGAUACUGAACACGCUCCGUGCAUCUUCCAUCCGCUCGAAGCACGGCCAACCUAUCUCCAUUGAAUCUUCACGUAAUCUAACUGUCAACACACGAAACCCGAACGGAGCGGUGGAAACGCAGCUCUUCCUCGGACACGACCGGUUGGAUGUGGCGGCGCAGCACUUCCGCAUCACGGACACGCACGGCAACGCCCUGUUCGCCGUCGACCGGGAAGCGGUGGUCAUCGGCGCGGGCUCGCUGCGGAUGGAGGGUGAGGGUGGCGUCAACUUCGGUGACUCCAUCCAGACGCCGGUCGUACGGGCAGAGGCUGGCAAGGAUUUGAUGCUUGAGUCACCGACUAGAGCUUUACAUGCGCAAGCAACUCAGGAAAUCUACAUCCAAUCGCUUGCCGGCGGCAUCGAAACCACCUGCCUCAACGAUUUGAAACUGCGCUCCGUGGAUGGAACUAUUCGACUCGACUCCAGAGCUAUCUACAUGCCGAAUUUGAAAACCGUUCACGCACUGCCGGGAAGCAGCAGCUCCAGCUACCUGUCGAGCUCGUCCAGUGCGCGAGGUGAGCCGUCGGCGGGCAAAAUCUAUCAGCUGUGUGUGUGCGAGAACGGCAAGCUGUUCCUAGCGGCACCGAACGGGAUCUGCGCCAGCGACGACAGCGCCACCUGCAGGUAA